CUAUUAAAAGUCCAAAACGCUACUCGCUUUCUCUUCCAACUCUCUCUCUCUCAACCCAUCCCUUUACUCUCUCUCCCUCUCUAGUUUCAUAUAGUUAUGGCUUCCUUGUCUCCAUCUUCGACUUAUAAUCAGCAAGGAGCCGGCCAGGAUCAUAUCAUACCAACUGAUCAAAACGUUCUGCAGAAACAUGCUGCAUUCUUUGAUAGGAAUCACGACGGCCUUAUAUAUCCUUCCGAAACUUUUCGAGGUUUUCGUGCAAUUGGGUGUGGUUUUUUUCUCUCCACCUUCGCCGCCGUCUUCAUCAACGUAGGCCUCAGCCGGAAAACCCGUCCUGGAAAAUUUCCUUCUCUGCUCUUUCCAAUUGAGGUGAAGAACAUUCAUAGAGGCAAACAUGGGAGCGACUCUGGUGUCUAUGACACUGAAGGAAGGUUUGUUCCUGGGAAGUUCCAGGAGCUUUUCGGCAAGCAUGCUCUUACACAUCCCAAUUCUUUGACAUCAAAUGAACUGAUGGGGAUGCUGAAGGCUAACAGGGUUCCCAAGGACUACGUUGGAUGGCUGGCUAGCUGGACAGAAUGGAAGAUCCUAUAUAUUCUGUGCAAGGACAAGAAUGGUUUGCUGCACAAAGACACAGUCAAAGCUGUUUAUGAUGGAAGCUUGUUUGAACACAUGGAGAAGGAAAAAUCAUCGGCUAAGAAGAAAGUUGUUGUGUAAAUAAAUGCAUGCUGGUGUGGCCGUCUGAUCUGGGGCCUGCUGCAUGGAUGGAUGGUUCUGAUUCAAGAACGUAGUUUAAAUGUGUGAUUGUUUCAAGUUAAUGUUGAAUGGAAAACUAGUUGGAUUUGGUUACAAUA